AAUACGACCAUCUAUCUGCCGCCACAACAGCCCGAGAUAGCCAUUGGACCUGCCAAGCCGCUGUUUCAUCUCUCUCGAAUACCCACACAGCACGAUGGUUCGCACAGCGUUUGUCUCGGUGGUUGCCCUCUCCGCGUCGGCGAAUGCUUUCCUCGCACCUGUGCCUGGAUACUCGCUCGCACGGACCUCGCGUGCGUCUGCCCCGAUUCAGAUGGUGACGAGCGCGACUCCGGCAGUUAGCACAGGCGAGGGCAAGAUGGUUUCGAACGAGGAGACGUACACCGCAGCCUUGAAGAAGAUGGAGGCCGAGAGCCUUGCAGAGCUCGAGAAGGCGUUCGAGGAAACCGCGAAGAAGGCGAAGGCAGAGUCUGACAAGAUCUGGGGGGACCUCGAGGCGGAAUUCGCCCAGGAUGUGGACGAGGCGUGAAAAGAGCAAGCUCAACCGAUUAUAUGUCCGAAAUCUAUCUAUAACCGAACCAGGUUUUAAAACAAAAAAACUGGAGCUGGAAGAUGACGGGUGUUGGAGUGCUGCGCUGGCCGGUUCGAUCGAAAAGUUGUGUCGAGGCCGACGUAAGACAGGAUUGGUGGAAGCAGUUCUCGGCCCGUUUUACCUACCCAGCUUGGGCCUGUCGUUGUUCUUGCUCUCCUCUCUAGUGCAUGUUUGUUUCGUUCGAUUCGUGUGCUCUCUCGGACCAAUUUUUUGUGUUGUGCACGACAUGUAUCGUGCGAAAUAGACUAUUCCAGAGUGGUGCUUAGAAGGUUGGGAGGGCAGGGAGGCUAGGGAGAGAAGAAUGCCGGUCGUGUCUUGGCAUACAUGGUUCGUUUGUCGAUGAUCGUCUAUUGUGGCGAGGACAUCGAUACGACUGUCUCUUGCCCCCGCUCCCCCCCCCCCUCUCCCACCUUCCGCCUUUUUUGAAAUCCUAGGGUUUGGUAUCUCAAGGUCUAUUGAAAUUCCUAUUUUGUUCCUGGCUUCUUAGAGGGUUGGUUGUCUUGAGGUUUAAUAAAGUCAACUUACCGUGCGGCCGCCACGGGUAUUUGAUUGAAACGACGGAGGGAGCAAGCCAAGAGAGAUUAAACGAAAGGAUUGUACAAAGAGCGAGAAAUUUUCUCGUCACUGCUGCUCUCUUUUCUGCACGUUGUCGAGUAUUGGACGCGAAUGGUUGGUGGGGUUUCUCACUCAUUUUCUCGAGCGUUACAUACGGCGAAAAUGUGAUGAAAAAAGUCCCCUCUGAACACGUGGGUGGUUUUUUGCUUCGGACUUUUUUUUUUUGGAACGGCUUGGCGUCGCGAUAAACCUGCUCGCGUCCGGCGGGCAGAGGUACAGCAGGUAGUGCGGCACGUCAUGAGGGAUCUGUUGGGGAGUUACGUAUUUCAUCAGCGGCAUGCACUAAAAUAUAGAGUUUUUUUGCGUUCUUCACUUAACAUGGAAGAAUACGGUUUCAACAGG